ACUCUCACGAGCUACAAAAAUGCGGACUAAAAAAGGAAACGAGAAGAAACAGGACCCCGUUAAAAACUUUGAAAAAUGGAAGAAGAAAUAUGAAAAGACGAAGAAGCUGAGCAAAAAGCCGAGGAGAAAAACGGAGUGGGAGACAGAGAGAGAAAACAUACAGAAACUAGUAGCGAAAUACGCAGAGAUAAAUCCAAAAGAAGCUGUGAAGUUUUCAGAUUUUCCACUUUCAAGGAAAACUCUACAAGGUUUGAUGGAGGCUCAGUAUCGGCAGCCUACUGAGAUCCAGAGACAGACCGUUGGUUUAGCUCUGCAGGGGAAGGACAUACUGGGUGCUGCCAAGACGGGUUCAGGGAAAACUUUAGCCUUUCUCAUUCCUGUCCUGGAGUGUUUAUAUCGUAAUCAGUGGACAGCUAUGGAUGGACUGGGUGCUCUCAUCAUCUCUCCCACUAGAGAGCUGGCUUAUCAGACGUUUGAGGUGCUGAGAAAAGUGGGCAAGAAUCACGAGUUCUCAGCUGGUCUGGUCAUUGGUGGAAAGGACAUCAAAGACGAGUCAAUGAAGAUUCAUCGCACAAAUAUUAUCAUCUGCACUCCUGGACGUUUGCUGCAGCACAUGGACGAGAAUUCUUCUUUCCACGCCACAGACCUGCACAUGCUCGUACUGGAUGAAGCAGACAGGAUUUUGGACAUGGGUUUUGCAGACACACUUAAUGCCAUUAUAGAAAACCUUCCCAAAACCAGGCAGACGCUGCUGUUCUCCGCCACGCAGACCAAAUCAGUGAAGGACCUCGCCAGACUGAGCCUGAAGGACCCCGAGUAUGUGUGGGUUCAUGAACAGGCUAAAUUCAGUACACCGGCUACUUUGGAGCAGAGCUAUGUGGUGUGCGAGCUUCAUGACAAGGUCAACAUGCUCUUUUCAUUUUUGAAAAGUCACCUGCAGAAGAAGAUUAUUGUCUUUUUUGCUUGCUGCAAAGAGGUGCAGUACCUGUUCCGGGUCUUCUGCCGGUUACGACCUGGUAUUUCAGUGCUGGCGCUGCAUGGAAAGCAGCAGCAGAUGAAAAGGGUGGAGGUCUACAACGACUUCAUUCGCAAAAAAUCUGCUGUGCUGUUUGCUACAGAUAUCGCUGCAAGAGGCCUUGACUUCCCGGCUGUGAACUGGGUUCUUCAGUUUGACUGUUCUGAGGAUGCCAACACAUACAUCCACAGAGUCGGGAGAACAGCCAGGUAUAAGGAGGGAGGAGAGGCUCUGCUCAUACUUUUGCCCUCAGAGGAAAAAGGCAUGAUUGCUCAGCUACAGGAGAAAAAAGUUCCUAUCAACAAAAUCCAGGUGAACCCAGAGAAGCUGAUGUGUGUGCACCAGAAGCUCGAGGCCUUUUUGGCACAAGAGAAGGAGCAGAAGGAGCGAGCUCAAAGGUGUUUUGUGUCCUACCUUCGUUCUGUCUAUCUGAUGAAGAACAAAGACGUCUUUGAUGUUUUCCAGCUCAAGCUCUCAGAAUACGCCAUGUCUCUGGGUCUGGCCGUUGCCCCACGGGUACGUUUCCUGAAUAAAGCCCAGAAACAAAGGGAGGGGGCAGCGCUGGAGGUCAGCACUGCAGCGGAUUCAGACUCCGAUGAUGAGCUCAAGAGCUUUAAGGCCCAACUCAGAUUAGAAAAGCCCAGUAAAUCUGACUCUGCGUCUGAAGAAGAGGAGGAGGGGGAGGAGGAUACGGAUGAAGAAGAGGAGAGUGAUGAUGACGAGAAGGUGAAACCUGGAGAACUGCUUGGGGGCACUGAUGAUGAUGAUGAGGAUGAAGACCUGAGGGAUAUGGAUCUGCUGACAGUCAAGCGCAAAAAUGUUUUUAACGUCAGCGAUGAAGAUGAAGAAUUACAGGAUGCCAUAUCCAAGAACAAAAAAGUUUCCAAGGCCUCAGAGGCGAAGAAAGCACAAAAGAAGAAAUUCAAGCUGAACACCAAGAAAGUCUUCACAGAGGAUGGAGAGAUUGUGCAGCAGUGGCCUCCACUACAGAGGACCGUGGUGUCGGAUGAAGAGGACGACGAGGACAUCGCAGGUAUCAAUGUGGAGGCGGCAAAGGAGCGGUUGCGCAGGGAGGAUCAGGAGUUUGACAAGAAGGAAUACAGCAGGAGGAUUAAAGAAAAACACAGGGAGAAAAGGCUGAAGGAGAAGGCAGAGCGAAGAGAAGCCAGCAAACGGGCCAAAGAGGAGAAGAAAAGGAAAGCUGGUGGUGGUGAGCAGGAUGAGGAUGAUGAAGACGACGAGGAAGAAACGGUGGCAUACUUGUCAGGUGCUGAUGAAGAUUUUGACCCCAGUACUCUGCCUGGUCCUGAUAAAGUGUACAGAUCAGAGGAUGAAGAUGAGGAAAGUAACGGUCCAGAGCUUGCCGGACGAAAGAGGGCACACAGCAGCAGUGAAGAUGACUACGAUGAAGAACACUGGGGGGCAGGGAGAAAGAAAUCCAAGCAGCACAGCUCAGAAGCCAAACCUCUGGACACUGGACUCUCUCUGGUGGAGGAUGAAGAGUUGGUGUUGCAUCUGCUGGGCAACCGAAGCUAGAGAGUGUAAUUCGUUCUUUUAUUUAAUGGACUGUAAUUACACACGUUCUCCUCUUACAUUUAAACGUUCUGUGAUUUGCCUUUGAAAUAAAACCUGAUCAUGUUCAACA